AUGACAGGGAGUAGCCACUCCAUCGAUAAGCGGGAUUUCGACGCCAACCGCCCCCUCCUCCAAGACAUAGACACGGAGCAAAACCCAAACGACCGAAACCCUGGAUCCGCGCGGCAACGGCCCAGCUCACGACACUCGCGCAGCUCGGGCGAGGGCCUACGAAGCGACGACGGGCUGUUGAGCGAUGUCGUCGGCGAAAUCGUCGAGCGGGACCGGCUGAAGAUGCAAAAGGAAGUGAUCCGAAUAGUGAGUUUCGGAUGGGGCGUCGUGACCUGCUUGGGCGCCGGCAGCAUCACUGCGUUCUCAUUAUACGGACAUCUCCUGCUUACGCGGCUGCAUUACUCGCAGCUGCAGGUCAAUGCGGUUUCCAUCGCUGCGGAGAUAGCAAUGUACCUCCCCGUCCCGCUAUUCGGCUACCUAUGUGAUCGGUACAGCCCAUCGCCGCUGUCUCUGUUUUCCGGCGCGGUUUUCGGCGCCGGGUAUCUCCUCGCUGCGUUUGCGUAUUUGAGUGGUCCGCCUGUUGAUGCGGGCGGGUCUGGAUGGCCUUUUUGGGUUAUGAUCGUCGCUUUUGUAGCUAUUGGAUCAGGUACGAGCUGUAUGUACCUUGCUGCCGUGGCUACGUGCGCGAAAAACUUCGGCAGAGGUAAACAUAAGGGUAUUAUGCUUGCUGUGCCCAUUGCGGCUUUCGGGUUGAGUGGGAUGUGGCAGAGUCAGAUUGGAACAUAUCUGUUUUAUGAGCGUCUUCCCGAUGGCACCCAUGGGGACCUUGAUGUUUUUAAGUAUUUUGUCUUUUUGGCGGUGUUGCUGUUUGUCAUUGGUAUAAUCGGUACUUUUGCAUUGCGCAUCGUUGAAGAUGAUGAUAAGUAUAUCGAUGAGACGGUUGAAGAGCUGGAGCGCAGUGGGCUGUUGGAAGAGAGUGACUUCUUCCGCCCACGGAAUGGAAUCCAGACGCCGGCUGAAUAUGGGACGUUCUCUGAUGCGUUCGAUGAAGAGCACUCGAAUUUAUCUGAUGAGGAGCGUGAACAGCAAAGACUGGAUAAGGAGCGCGAAGAAGAAGAGCGUCGAAAGAAGAACUGGCUCCUCAAUUAUGAGACGAGAGUGUUCCUGCAAGAUCAGACAAUGUGGUGGUUGGCCGCGGGCUUCUUCCUUGUCACCGGUCCUGGGGAAUCAUACAUCAACAACCUCGGCACAAUCAUCCCAACUCUAACACCCCUAUCCUACACCGGCAUCUCCCCACCCGCCGGCUCCCCCUCAACACACGUAACAACCAUAGCCCUAACCUCAACAAUCGCCCGCCUCCUUACAGGUUCCCUCUCGGACUUCUUCGCACCACCAGCAACGCAUCUAUUCCCGCCAAUCCCAGAAGGAGCGCGCCACAGACACUUGGAGCCAACAACCUCCGGCCUAACUCUAUCGCGCAUGACUUUCCUCCUCCCCUCAGCCUUCCUCCUAUCUCUAGGCUACCUCCUCCUGGCCUCCCCCCUCCCCCUAACCUACCCAGGCAUCUUCAACCUGACCACAGCGCUCAUCGGCUUCGGGUACGGCAGCGCCUUCUCCCUAGCGCCGAUCAUCAUCUCCGUCGUCUGGGGCGUGGAGAACUUCGCCACGAACUGGGGCAUUGUGGCUAUGAUGCCUGCUGCUGGGGCGGCCCUUUGGGGCAUCGUUUACUCCGCUGCUUACCAAGAUGCGAUAGAUCGGGGCGAUGGGUUGGAUGGGCAGUGCCAUGGCUGGCGGUGCUAUGGGUUCUGGGCCGUUGGGUGCACAGUGAGUGUUUGGAUUGCACUUGUUGCUUGGUUGGUUGCCUGGAGGGGGUGGAAGAGGAGGGGGGUUGUUGUUUAG